UACAACUUCUGAAUACAAUUUACAAUAUUUAGCCAGUAUGUUAAAUGAAGAAUUGUUCGCAGAGCCAUGCCUGGAACGUCAUUUUUCAGGGCAUUGCUCUAGUAUAACUCAGGUCCGGUUUAGUCCUUGUGGCCAACGUUUGAGCACUAGCUCUUUAGACCUUUCCGUAAUUUUAUGGGAUUUAAAGCAAGCUGCUCGCUGCAUACGCUUUAGUGCCCAUUCCGGUGCUGUUUAUAGUGUGUGUUGGUCUCCUAAAUCUAAUUUAGUAGCAUCGGCAAGCAAGGAUCGUACAGUGAAAAUUUGGGAGCCAAAGAUACGUGGAGUUUCUGGGGAAUUUUUAGCACAUAGCAAAGCUGUUCGAAGUGUAGAUUUUGAUCCUAGUGGAACUAUGCUCAUCACUGCUUCGGAUGAUAAAACUCUGAAGUUAUGGAAAGUAGCACAACGAAAAUUCUUAACUUCAUUCACCGGACAUAGUAAUUGGGUUCGUGCUGCUAAGUUCAGUCCUAAUGGUCAAUUAAUAGCAUCUUGUGGCGAUGAUAAAUCGCUAAGAAUAUUCGACGUCACGUCAGGGGAAUGUGUGCGGACUUUCACCGAAGAACGUGGCAUGGGUCGACAAAUAGCCUGGCAUCCAGACGGGAAUUUAGUAGCUGUUGCGUUAAGCUGCAAUCGUGUCAAAAUAUUUGACAUUGCAGAGGGUGAAUUAAUUCAAUUAUAUCAAGUACAUUCGGCGCCAGUUAAUGAUUUGGCAUUCCAUCCUAAUGGAAACUUUUUGCUAACUGGAGGUGAUGACGACACUAUACGACUAUUAGAUUUACUUGAAGGUCGACCCAUUUAUACACUGACAGGUCACACUGAUAAAGUUUGUGCUGUCGCAUUUUCACCGGACGGACAACAUUUCGCUUCGGCGGGAGAAGAUCGGCAGUUACUCGUUUGGAAAUCAAAUUUACAUACAUUUGAUCCGAAUAGUUUCCGAAGCAAGCAAGCUUCCUUCCAGAAAGAAAACAGCGUUAGCAGUCAUGCUGCCGCACCGCAUAACUCGGUUGUAGAUACAGAUUCAAAAAUUUGUGAUGACAGUAUAUUAAUUGAUCCACGUCAUUCAGUAGCAUAUAAGAUGCGUGAUGAAAAUUUCCAGGUUCUUGAUAGUCAGUACACCACCGCCAAACAACAAUCAGUAAGCAGCUUUACUAAAUCAUUCCAACAACAACACGAAACCUUAGACAAGUUAAAAACAGACGCAAAUACUGAUAGCAUCAGUUACAACAGCAGCAGCAGCACCUCAUUACUACACAUGCCAAACAAUACAACAAAUAGUUGCAACAUGGACGGCAACGAAGUGCACGGCGCACCUAGCAAAUACUUUUAAUUUCGAGAUAUUUAUCGUUCGUAUUUUUUAAGUUUGAUAUUCAUCUGCUGCUAUUUUUGACCUAUGACAAAGAAACACUUUCAUACACACCAUGGAGUAAUUGAUUCUUUAUAAUUUUUCAGUAACUACUUUUUAUUAUUAUUUAAUUUAAUUGUCACUCCGGGUUUGCUCCGCAUUAUACCCUUAGCACGUACAAUAUUUAACCAAUUUUUCAAUAAAAUAUCUUUAAUAAAAUAA